AUGACAAGACACAUUGGAAUAAAACACGCGAAACAUCUGCGACGACCGGUAAAAACGAGCCUAAAUGGCAUGGGCAAAAUAUUUGGCUCGGAGUCCAGGCGAUCCGUGUCCUUGGUGCCUAUGUCCGUCAUUAAAGAACAGUUGGGUCCUUAUUGGGAAGAUAGAUGUUAUAGGCAAAUCGCUUUCAAACUGUGCGUCAUGGGAAGGCUCAAGGUGUACGGCGAGUCGUGGGACCUCCCGGGGAGCCCAACCAUCCCUAACUCGUUUGCAGAUUUUAUUGUAGAGGAGGAGCCGUCAUCACGGAUACCACCCAAAAUCCCUCGCGUGUGGACGAAUCGUUAA